ACCUAUCCAACCAAACCAUAUUUUAUGGGUUUGGCUUGAAUGAGAAGUAGAAUAAAAGGUAAAUUUUAAAUCCUUUCUAAAUAAAAAUUGAGGAAAAGCCUCCAGCCCAGAAAGAAAGAGCCAUUUGUUAAUCAUCUCCGGUGAAAAAAGGAUGUACGUGAGGGCGCUUCCGACGACAGAUGUGAAUCGGAACACGGAGUGGUUCACGUAUCCUGGCGUAUGGACCACUUAUAUUCUAAUCCUCUUCUUCUCAUGGCUCCUCGUUCUCUCCGUCUUCCACUGCUCCCCUGGCAUCGCCUGGACCAUCGUCCACCUCGCCCAUUUCACCGUGACGUAUCAUUCGUUCCACUGGAAGAAGGGAACACCGUUUGGAGAUGAUCAAGGGAUCUACAACAGGUUGACUUGGUGGGAACAGAUUGACAACGGCAAGCAGCUCACUCGCAACCGCAAGUUCCUCACCGUUGUUCCCAUCGUCUUGUACUUGAUAGCUUCUCACACAACAGACUAUCAACAUCCGAUGCUGUUCCUCAACACCUUGGCCGUAUUUGUAAUGGUCGUUGCUAAAUUCCCGCACAUGCACAAGGUCCGCAUAUUUGGAAUCAAUGGAGACCAAUGAUGCCUUGAUAAGACAAAGCCAAAAAAGCUGUUGUGCUUAAUGCGAGACAAGUAGAUUUUGGAAG